GCAAUUACUCUGAUACGUAAUCUGAAUGAAGAAAAACAACUUUUAAAUCUCUGCUUACCAUGCAUCCAUUGACAUUGAAUUAACUCCAAACUGACUAGAUCUAGAUUAGAUUCUAUCUAUAGAUCCAGUUGUAAUUUUGAAAUGUAAGAGGAGUAAAUGUUGUUACAUACCUAAACUUGGAGAUGUUCAGACAUUUAUGUUCCAGAGUUUUGACUAAUGCAUUACCCAGAACACAGCCAGCAACAGUCAUUUGUAAUGGGUACAUGUAUUCACUAUGUUCAUCUGAAAGCCAGAUUUGUCACUCCAGAUUUCAAGACUCAAAGACUCACAAUGUCAGACACAUGUGCAUGACCAUAUUAGUGAACAAUUGCACCCCUCAUCAGUGUAUCACUACAUCUAGGAAAUGCUGUCUUUCUGUUUGUUGCACACCUGCUGUGGUUCAGUCUAGACACAAGUCUAAUAAAAGAGCUUCUGAUUCAGCUGAAAAAGAUGAAGAGGAAGAUAGUGAUAUAGAUGAUGAUGAAUUGGAAGAGAAUGAUUUUGAAGCACCACCUAAAUUUAAAGUUAUAAAAGUGGUGGUUGCAUCCCUCAGAAUAGAUUCUAUAGUCAGUCAUGCUCUUAAUAUUGCUAGAAAUCGCAUGGAUGAAAUGUUUCUGGGAUCAUCCCUGAUGCUAAAUGGUGAAAAAAUUAAGAAAAAAGCUGAAAAGAUGGAGGAAGGGGACUAUGUUGAUGUCAUCUUUGAAAAGUCUGAGAAUCAACUUAAGGUCAGGAGAGUCAAACUGUUGAAAGUUUUACCAGAGAAAACUAGCAGUGAUAAAUUUGUGGUUAAAGUUCGAGUCUGGAAGACUCCAUUUUCAUUAGAAGCAGCCAAAAGUGAAUAUAGUCCUAGAACUUCUUAAUGACUUAUACUUUUUUUUUAUUGAUUGACAGACAUCGAAUACAAUUAUUUUGUAAUGAAUGUCUUUGUUUAUGAUGACUGAUUAAAAUGAAUCUACAAAUACA